AACCUUCUUUUGAACGUAGCUUUGCCACGUGUAUGUAUCGUUCUUAGAUUUUAAAAUAAAGAUAAAAAUCGUAUUUCAUCAAAUAUUUAGUUAUUACUUUUUAUGUAUUUAUAAUCAAAAUGCCUCCUAAAUUUGAUCCUAAUGAAAUUAAGAAAGUUUAUUUGCGAUGCGUUGGAGGUGAAGUAGGAGCAACUUCAUCUUUAGCUCCGAAAAUUGGCCCUCUUGGUUUGUCUCCAAAAAAAGUUGGUGAUGAUAUUGCUAAAGCUACCAGUGAUUGGAAGGGUUUAAAAAUUACUGUACAAUUGACAAUUCAGAACAGACAAGCUACAAUUUCAGUAGUUCCAUCUGCUGCAUCAUUAAUUAUUAAAUCAUUGAAAGAACCUCCAAGAGAUCGCAAAAGGCAGAAAAAUAUCAAGCACAAUGGAAAUUUAUCAUUUGAUGAUAUUGUUUCUAUUGCUCGAUCAAUGAGACCAAGAUCUAUGUCAAAAUAUCUUAGUGGUACUGUUAAGGAAAUAUUAGGAACUUGUCAAUCAGUUGGAUGUACAGUUGAAGGUAGACCACCACGAGAUCUCAUUGAAGAGAUUAAUGGUGGAAAACUUCAAGUACCAGAUGAGUAAUAUGAUUUUUCAUAAGGAGUAAAAAUAAAACAUUUUUAAUAUUAAA